UGUGUGGUUUUCUCUGCCUAUUAAAUUGUACUGCUCGGGCUGGACUUGUCUUGACUAUAGGUGGAAUGUACUGUUAGUUGUUAACAUUUCUAAAAAAAAAAAAAUGGAUCCUCCAGACUUCGAAAGUAUGAACUUCACCGUGAAGCUCGUUGAGAACACAUACCCUUUAUGUGAGAAAUGGAAAAACGGCUCCGAGGGCUCGGUGUAUCACCUCGCCCACAUCUUCCUCUUUCUCGGCUUCAUGGGUGGAAGCGGAUUUUACGGACAGCUCUAUUUGUUCACCUUCCUGACUUUGGGCUUUUUUUGCGCCACUCUUUGGGCUUGGACGGACCCCUGCACCAAUGACGCCUUCCUGUGGUGUUUGGCGCUCUUCUCGGUGUGUUUGGGGCAGGUUCUCCAUGCUGCCUACAGACUCCAGAGAGUGUCUUUUAAAAGGGACUUCCAGGAGCUUUACAACUGCCUGUUUAAAAAGCUUGGAGUGUCGCUUUCACACUUUGGGAAAAUUGUUGCUUGCUGUGACGAAGACAUCCACACCAUAGAGAAGGACCAUUGUUUCGCCAUUGAGGGGAAGACGGCCAUUGACAAGCUGUCAUUGCUCCUGACUGGCAGAAUCCGAGUGACAGUUCAAGAUGAGUUUCUACACUACAUCUAUCCCUUUCAGUUUUUGGAUUCACCAGAAUGGGACUCACUCAGACCAUCAGAGGAGGGGGUAUUCCAGGUCACCCUGUCCGCUGAUAACCCGUGUACGUACGUAUCAUGGAGGCGGAAGAAACUCUACCUUCUUUUUGCCAAACACCGCUACAUAGCCAGGAUCUUUGCCCUGGUUGUGCGGAAUGAUAUUGCAGAGAAGCUGUACUCCCUUAACGACAAGGCAUUCGACUGCUCCGGACACCGCUAUGAUCUCCGCUUACCGAGUUACUGCCACAUGCCAGGGACUGAAUUAGAAACGGCAGAUGUCCCCUCAAAAGUCCCAGUGCAGGAAUGACUGCUUGGCCACUCAAAUACUGCUGCAGGCAUGACACACCUUCGCACUUUCAGAAUGUGGUGAAGAUUUUUACCGGUUUCAUUGCAGUAAUGUUUUGGUAAACAUUGCACACGAUUCUGAACAAGUGCAGGGAGCUUGCAAGGAGCUUGCAAGCUGCACAUAAUGUAGGUGUUUGGAAUAUGGCGUACAUAUUGUAAACUAACCCAAAUUCUCAAACACACAUAAAGUGCUGAAAUGGCACACAUUUUGCAUAAAAUACAUAUAAAUUUCAUACAUGUAAUUCAAUUCAUUUUCAAAGAUACAACCAUAGUAUAUCUGCACUACUGAUCUGUCUGUCCGCACAAUGUAUGGAUAUGUUUCACUAGCGAUUGGCUGUUAUCUGGGAUGUGGCUCUGUAUGCAACCAAUCAGAUGGUGCCGUGGGUGGGACAAUACUGGAGACAGAACUGCAGACGGAGAAGCUCGCAUCUGAGCCUAAAUAAUCCAGUUUUAAAUAAGUCAAAAUGCAAAAAUAUCGUCUGAUAAUAUUAAUUAAUUGGUCGUUCACUGUUGUAAACCGUAAGAUGGUAAUAUGUUUGGAUGAUUUUGAAUGUGGUUAACGGAUAAUGUGGAUAAUUUGUUGUUGUAUGACAUCCCCAUCUGCAGUGGAGUACAACAACAGUGACUUAACCCCUACUUGGUCCUGUGAGCCUAAUUCUGGUCAGAUGUUGGUGAUGAGGAGCAUAGUUCCGGUUAGUUGGUGGGGCUACUUGGCUUAUCAAAACAAUAUGUGGUCAAAAGAGUAAUAGAUGACGACGCAUAAAUAACUGUUAGGUCUGAUUUUUGUCCAUGUGAAUGGGUGACUUGGUCAAGCUUUGAGCAGGAGGGGAUGGAAAAUGAAUGUGGACUGAAUGUGCCGUCUAGCUUGACAAACACCAAGAUAGCUAAAUAUCUGCUGGAGAAGAGUGUGGCAUAAACCGAAAUCUCAUGUGUUACGUUGGGAAAUCCCGCUUACAAUGCAGACUACCAGUUACGGUGUGACGGUACUGUUUAAUACCCAAUACUAUCUGUUGGUCCAGGUAGAGGGGUGGUCGACAGGACUCAAAAUUGAAAUGUCAACAAGACUUCACAACAUACAUAUGAAUUCAUAUUUUAAAACACUGUAUUUGGUUGUGUGGAGUGGUUAGCACGCAGACCUCACAGCUAGGAGACUAGGGUUCGAUUCCACCCUCGGCCAUCUCUGUGUGGAGUUUGCAUGUUCUCCCCGCGCAUGUUUUCUCCGGGUACUCCGGUUUCCUCCCACAUUCCAAAAACAUGCUAGGUUAAUUGGCGACUCCAAAUUGUCCAUAGGUAUGAAUGUGAGUGUGAAUGGUUGUUUGUCUAUAUGUGCUCUGUGAUUGGUUGGCGACCAGUCCAGGAUGUACCUCGCCUCUCGCCCGAAGACAGCUGGGAUAGGCUCCAGCAGUAGAGAAAAAGCAGUAGAAAAUGAAUGAAUGAAUGUAUUUGGUUGUACCUGUAUUGUUGGUUGAAUGCAUAUAAAUGUUAGUAAACAAAAACACUAUUUAAUUUCUCUACUUGUUCGGGCUUGGAACUUGUAAAUAUGGUCAUAUUUAGUGUUUUAGUAAUGCAGUCACAUGACACUGUUUUGUGUAACUUUAUCAUAUAAAUGAUUAUACACAGAUAUGUAUAAGCAUAGUAAAUUCAAUAUAGAACUGCUAGUGUUAUAGUCACUGGAUAAUAUUGUGUUUGUGUAUGCAGUGUCAAACAAAAGCGAAAUCCAUAAAUGCUGCAAAUAAAACACAAUAGAAAUUCUUGUGUUGGAAAAGUCAACAAUUUUUACUGUAAGAGAACUAAAAGGAAAUAAAGAUAACUUGUAAAUGUGUUG